UCUCGGCCAAAGCUCAGCGGCGCCAGUUCUGAUUGGUUGAGAGCGCCCGACGCCAUGGGAAAGCUUCGCUGCGGCCGCGCCAAAAAUGAAAUGGAAGAACGAAACGAAACCGGGGGAAGAGAUUGAGGGGAGAUUGAUCGGGGACGCUUUCAGGCGUCGUGGCCACCGCCCUCAGCUUUCGGUCGGAUAAGUUUUCACUUCUCUCGCCUUCUGCAUUCGGCGAAUAUAGAUCUGUUAGAAUGCCAAGAUGAGUACUGAGCCUAGCAGGAAAGCUUCUGGACGAGGAGGAGGAGGUUUUCAAAGGUGGAGAAGGGGAAGAUGGCAAGGGAGAGGAAAAGGAAGUGGACAGAAAGAAAACUGGAAAAAUGCUGGCGAGAAAUUGGCACAACCUCCUCAUCUUAUUCAAACAACGCUGGACCAGGCUAUUCCAUAUAAAGGCUGGAAACUUUAUUUCUCUGAAGCAUAUGAUGACAACUCACCUUUUGUUCAGAAGAUUGUAGCUUUUGAAACUUUUUUCAAAUCUCGAAUAGAGUUUUAUGAUAAGGAUGAAGUAGAAAGAAAAGGAAGUAUUCUUGUGGAUUAUAAGGAACUGAUAGGUGAUAAAGAAUUAGUGGAAUCAUUACCUGAUGUUGCUGUUGAAUUAAGAGAUACACCACAAAGAAUAUUGGACUGCAUGGGUUUGGCCAUACAUCAGGUAUUGAUCAAAGACCUUGAAAAGCAUGCUGCAAAGCUGCAAGAGCAAGAAGGGCUGCCCAUUGACGAAGAGCCUAUUAUAAAUAUGCCACUUAUUCAUGCAAGAGUGUACAACUAUGAUCCAAUUACUCAAAUUAAGAAUAUUCGAGCUAAUUGCUAUGGGAAGUACGUUGCUUUACGUGGGACUGUUGUGCGUGUUAGUAACAUUAAACCUAUCUGCACCAAGAUGGCCUUUAUAUGCAGUACCUGUGGAAAUACUCAGAGUUUUCCUCUCCCUGAUGGAAAAUACACUCUUCCAACCAAGUGUUCUUUGCCUGAAUGUCAUGGACGAUCCUUCACUGCAGAUAGAAGUUCUCCUUACACAGUUACAGUGGACUGGCAGUCGAUUAAAAUUCAAGAACACAUGUCAGAUGAUCAGCGAGAAGCUGGGAGAAUUCCUCGGACAAUAGAAUGUGAAUUGGUUCAUGAUCUUGUGGACAGUUGUGUUCCAGGCGAUGUGAUUACUGUUGCAGGAAUUGUCAAGGUAUCGAACACGGAAGAAGGAGCAUCAAGAAAUAAAAAUGAUAAAUGUGUCUUCCUAUUAUACAUUGAAGCAAACUCUAUCAGUAAUACAAAAGGCCAGAAAAUCAAAAAUUAUGAACAUGGAUUAAACCAGCAAGGAUGCAUGGAGUUUUCACUUAAAGAUCUUUAUGCAGUUCAAGAAAUCCAAGCUGAAGAGAAUCUGUUCAAGCUUAUUGUCAGUUAUCAUCUUUGUCUUUUGCUGAUUCACCUUAAAUCCAGCUCUCUUUGUCCUACUAUUUAUGGUCAUGAGAUGGUAAAAGCUGGUUUAGUGUUGGCAUUAUUUGGAGGAUGCCAAAAAUAUAUGGAUGAUAAAAACAGGAUUCCUAUUCGAGGGGACCCACAUCUUCUCAUGGUUGGAGAUCCAGGACUGGGGAAAAGUCAGAUGUUACAAGCUGUGUGCAAUAUUGCACCUCGGGGAGUAUAUGUCUGUGGCAAUGCCACUACUACAUCUGGUCUGACUGUAACUCUGUCUCGAGACAGUUCCUCUGGAGAUUUUGCACUGGAAGCUGGUGCUCUUGUACUUGGAGAUCAAGGUGUAUGUGGAAUUGAUGAGUUUGAUAAAAUGGGGAGCCAGCACCAAGCUUUGCUGGAAGCUAUGGAACAGCAAAGUAUUAGUCUUGCUAAGGCUGGCAUCGUUUGCAGCUUGCCAGCAAGGACCUCAAUUAUAGCUGCAGCAAAUCCAGUUGGGGGUCACUAUAACAAAGCCAAAACUGUAUCUGAGAAUUUAAAGAUGGGAAGUGCUUUGUUAUCCCGAUUUGAUUUGGUAUUCAUACUGCUGGAUGUUCCAAAUGAAGAUCAUGAUCAUUUGCUUUCUGAACAUGUGAUGGCGAUGAGAAAUAGAAAACAGACUGGAUGCAGCAGUGCUACUGUGACUCGGGAGCAUUCUCAGAAUUCAAAUGUAUCAGUCCUUGAAGUUCUUUCAGACAAACCACUAGCAGAGAGAUUAAAGCUCAUUCCAGGAGAAAACUGCGACCCAAUUCCACAUCAGUUGUUAAAGAAAUAUGUUGGCUAUGCAAGGCAAUAUGUUCAUCCCAAGCUAUCUCCAGAAGCUGCUCAGAUACUCCAGAAAUUCUAUCUUGAGCUUAGACAACAAAGCCAAAGAGCAGAUAGUACACCCAUCACAACACGACAGCUAGAAUCACUGAUCCGCCUUACUGAGGCACGAUCAAGAUUAGAAUUAAGAGAAAAGGCCACCAAAGAAGAUGCUGAGGAUGUUGUUGAAAUAAUGAAAUACAGUAUGUUAGGAACUUACUCUGAUGAGUUUGGGAAAUUGGAUUUUGAGCGUUCUCAGCAUGGUUCUGGAAUGAGCAAAAGGUCACAAGCAAAGAAGUUUAUUUCUGCCCUCCAUCGUGUUGCAGAAAGGACUUAUAACAACAUUUUUGAGCUUCAUCAACUCCGGCAGGUUGCUAAUGAAUUAAAUAUGAAAUAUGAAAACCCUUGGACUAUCCCUAAUCUACUUUCGUUGGCAAGGAUUGGUUUGGCACCUAUUUUGGGCUAUUUGAUUAUUGAAGAAGAUUUUAAUGUAGCACUGGGUGUGUUUGCCCUGGCUGGAAUAACAGAUCUGUUGGAUGGCUUUAUUGCACGAAAGUGGGCCAACCAGAAAUCUGCAUUGGGAAGUGCCUUGGACCCUCUGGCUGAUAAAAUCCUUAUCAGUAUCCUAUAUAUUAGCCUGACAUGUGCAAACCUUAUUCCAGUCCCACUUACAUCAAUGAUAAUUCUAAGGGACAUUACAUUAAUUGCUGCUGUUUUCUAUGUUCGAUACAAAACUCUUCCUCCACCGAAGACAUUAAGUAGAUAUUUCAAUCCAUGUUACGUCACUGCUCAGUUAAAGCCAACAUUCAUCAGCAAGGUGAACACCGUAGUACAGCUCAUCUUAGUAGCAGCCUCUUUAGCUGCUCCAGUUUUCAAUUAUGUGGACAGUAUGUAUCUUCAGACUUUAUGGUGCAUCACAGCUUUCACAACAACUGCAUCUGCAUACAGUUACUAUCAUUAUGGUCGAAAAACAGUUCAGGUGCUAAAUGACAAAUGAAGUUUUGCAGAAUGACUGCUCUCCUCUCAUUCAGGUUGUGUGGAGUUUAUGCAGAGACUCUGAAUGAUACUUUUGCCUCAGUGAAACUAUGCCUUCAUGACGUUAAAAUGAAGUUUUGAUCAUGUAAAUAAGCAGAAUUUUCAGUGUAUCAUUUCAAUCUAUUACAAAUAAAGAUUAUAAUUUUUUACUGUACUGAACUUAUAUAUAAAGAUAAUUGUCUGAUAUUAUUUGUUGAUUGCUGUCCAGAAAUUUGCACUUGGUGUGGGUCCCUGUGCUGUUUCCUUUGGUGUAUCCCAAAUGAAACAGUUAUAUGAAAUAUGAAAUAAUUGAUACAAGCAGAAUUUAGUUACUGUAUUUAAAAUGCGGUAUGAUGGAUGGUGCAGCCUGUUAAAUUAAUGUAAUAGAGAGGGCAGUAAAUUCUAUAGAAUAUAGGUACAGUAUGAUCUUUAUAACCCUUCAUACACUUGUCUUCUGGUUUAAAUAUUAUCGUUGCAAAAGCCCUUUAAGAUAAAACUUUGGUCACUUCUUUCUUAAUCUAAUAUUGGGGCAUACUCUAUUUAGGAAAGAGCUACUUUAACUGUUCCAGUGAUGCGCUAACAUAGUUUUGUUAGACUGUUUUGAAAGAUGACCAAUAAAUAAAAUAAAUAUACAAGCAUGCAGAUGCAAAAUAGAGAAUCAAAAUAGUUGAUUUUCCAAGGCAGCUUUGUAGUGGGCUGAGAUAAAAAUGUUUUCUGAAUAGGAUCAGCAGAAUAAUUAAUGUUGAAAUAAGGGCAAAACUUUAUGUGACAAACUUAGUAAUCAGAUGUUCUAUGAAACAGAUGAUUUGAUUGUGGUUUCUUAGUUCUGCUUGUGCUAUAAGCCUCUGGAGAUUGUUCUGGCCUAUUUUACAGGCUUUUUAUGAGGACUAUAACAAAAUGAGUGCAUCUAUCAUUUUGUGAAGGUUUUCAUAAGCGUAAUAGGAGAAAAUGGCUAUCUAUGUGCAAUCUUUUGUCUCAAUUCAUCAAACUAUUUUAAGACUGCAGGAAAGGUGAAAGAUUGAUACAAUCUGAAGAGCAACCAGAGUCUAUUUUAAGACUACAGCAGCUUUUCUAAUGCAUUAUUUGUCAGCAGAAGGGAAAAUAUUAUGGCUUUGAAUAAAUUUAAAUUAUACUGCAGAUUUCUUUGGAAAAGUUUUAUGCAAGCACUAGUAUUUCUCAUCGGUAUGGUAAGCAGGUAGCAUUAUCUGACAGCUAUCUUUUGCCAUAAUACCAGACAGCUAAGGAAAUGGGUAUUAAAAGUAAAACAAGGAAGGUCCUUCUUUGAUCCAGCUGACAUGAAUAAGACAGAUUUCUGUGAGAAAAAGUUUGCAAAUCUGCGUUAAUGAUUAAGAGCUGCAAAUAUCGAAUGUGAUAUUUGUUAAAACAUAGGAAAUUAGGACAAAAGUCUUGAGCUACUGUAUACGUGAUAUUAAUAUUUUGGCCAUUUGAUUAAGUACAAGACUCAAAACAAAGGAUUAAAAUUGUGUAUAUUUAGCUCCAGUUUUCACAAUAGCAGAAUUUGGGGCAUUUUUUUUUAAUGAUCUGUUUGAGAUGUUACAGAAUUGGAUCAGACACACUUAAGUACACACAAACAAAUAAUGUUUCAUAUGUGAUAAGCAAUUACCUGAAUAUAAAAAUACUUGCUAGGCUGAAAAUAAAUGUGAAAACAUUGUGUUAAAUAGCUCAGUAGAAAUGGUUUUACUUUAGAAAUGAAGGGAGAGAGUUUAAAUGGUUGGGAUAUUCUAUGCAUUAUAGGAUAUUUUUAAAAUACGUUUUAUAUAUCUAAAUUUUAUAAAGUUUGUAUGCUGAAAAUAUUUUUAUAGUUUAUACAAAACAGGCUGCCGCAAUCUGAUUGUAUUAUAGUAUAUAACGUGUCCCCCCCUAUUUCAUUAAGACAAAAUAGGCGAUAUGCUACACAACCACAGAAUAUGUUCUUUCAACCAGACAAGCAUAAAUGUUGCUAAUGCUAAAAUGCAAGAAGUUUGAAAAUGAAUGGUAUGCAUGUUUGUCUGCAGUCAUUGCCGUUGCACUUUCAAAAUAAAUCCUUUAAACGA